UGCCUUCCUUGGGAAAAUUUAUACUUAGCUAGACAGUCACUUGGAAUACAAGUAGUUGUUGUGGAGCGUUUGCCUUGUCUACUUGUUGUUCCUCUAGUGGGAGGUCGGCGUCCAGCGGUGGGACAUGGCGUCGAAGCGCAUUCAGAAGGAGCUGCAGGACUUGCAGAAGGACCCGCCCACUUCUUGCAGUGCUGGACCUGCGGGCGAUGACCUCUUUCACUGGCAGGCUACCAUCAUGGGGCCCAGCGACAGCCCCUAUGCGGGAGGCGUCUUCUUUGUAAACAUCAUGUUCCCUCCGGACUACCCUUUUAAGCCGCCCAAGGUGACCUUCCAGACGAAGGUGUACCACCCCAACGUAAACAGCCAGGGCAGCAUCUGCUUGGAUAUCCUCAAAGAUCAGUGGAGCCCCGCACUGACCAUCUCGAAGGUGCUGCUGUCCAUCUGCUCCUUGCUCACAGACCCCAACCCCGACGACCCGCUCGUGCCGGAGAUUGCGCACAUCUACAAGACCGACCGCCGACGCUACGAGGAGACGGCCCGAGAGUGGACCCGCAAGUACGCCAUGGGCUAAGCCAGCCGCUCACGAAUCACGAGCUCCUCCUUGAGGCCACCUAGCGUUGUAGUCACCUACGUGGUCGCAAGCUACGAACGACACCCAAAUCGAGCUCGGGCCAGCUAUUUUGCUCCGGCGGCCAGGACCAGUGCAGGAGUGUUUGCAGUGCCAGCCACUUGGAGUGGGCGCAUCUUACAUUGCAGCGAGACGUUUGGUGGUUGGGUUGGGUUGAUAGCCGUUCAGCCGUGGCUGCUGCCGCUGCUGGUCUGCAAUGAAUGGUAUGUGGCGGUAUGUCCUGCUUUCUGGGGCGAGGCAUGUGCAUGCGUCGGGGCGCAAAGGGCAUGGCAUGCGGGUCGGUUGUGUAACACUAGGGGCGCAGCUUGUUCUAGAGAAACCCACUUGUGUCCGGUGUGCAUCAGUGACGGCUGUUGAUUUUGUGGGGAGCAGAGGAACGUCGCAUGGUGGUGAGUCAUGUGGCGUGUGGGUGUGCGAGACGCGCGUCCCAAAGGUGGGAGGUUGUUGCUGCUGUGUUUUGGGAGGGAAGGGGGCAGGGCAAUGGUCGUGACGAGGCCAAGAAUGCGUGUAGCCCCAUGUUGGGGGCUAGGAGCUCGACAACAACAACACACACGCGCGCACAUGCGCAGUGCUCGGUUAUGUGUUUGUGUGUACGUGGAAAUACGAAUUGCUGCUGGGUAUUCCUCUAGCCUCCUCUGUCCUUCAGCUUGACCCCGCGUCCUGACCUGCUGCGCAACUCGUGCGUCACGGAAUGCCUGAACGCUCGUCAACGGAAUGCUGUGCUCAUCAGGCGCGCGCACUGCCGACGUUCCUACUCGUGGCCAGAUUUGUUAACACAGCCUGCACUGCACAGCCUUCAGUGUUGGAGAAGUCGUUUAGUACGGUGCAGGCCUCACCCUGUGGAGGCGUACGUGUGAAUGCAAGUAGCGGGAGGG